CAGAAAGAACAGUAAAAAUACAGGCAGGGCGCAGGACAAAGCACUCGAGACAAAAUUGAAUUUAGUGAAUGGCACUUUUUGUCAUUUUCAAAUUUCCUGCCGUUCCGUCCCCGUACGUCCUGAUGUCAAAGGGGCUGGAACCCAGAAGACAGAUGCUGGCAUCCGCCAGAGGACAUUACAGGGGACACUGCAAGAGGGACAUUGUGGGAGCGCAGGACAAGGUAAGAGAAGAACAGAUCCCGGAACAACGCCGCAGGGUAUUCCUGAGUGUAGCUCGGGGUUACUGCUUGUGG